AUGGAAUGCUUUGUUCAGAUUGUCAGCAUGUUCCAAUGGGAAAAUCAGAGAAUGGGCAGUGUCUUACGGGUGGGAGAAGCGUUGACAAAGGACAAAAAGUCCUGUGCCCGCGCCUUUUCGUCAGCGGUGAUCAUCGUGGCUAGGGUCCGUAAAGACGGGGUACGCAGAGCAACAAUCCGACGAGAUUUGGUGGAUGAGGUAACUGGCAGGCGAAGCAGAGACAGACGGACGCAACGAGCAGCAACACCAGUGUCCAGCAGCGCGAGGGACAUCCAGAUAUCCAAUACCAGUCCAGAGAAAAAGGGAGAAGAAGAAGAAGAAGAUGUAACAAGCACGGCGUCGCUGUCUGGUUUAUAUACCAGGCAGGGUAUUGGAUGGCCGUCCCCUUACUAA